GACUUGUGAAUUUCUUGUAGUUUGUUAAUAAAAAUUUAGGAGUUGAAAAAUUCGUUUUUGGGAAAAACGCCCGAGAAGUGGCGGAAGUUGGACAAAUUCGCAAUUUUUCAAGAAUUAUGACAUUUCAGGCCGAACCAAUGAGGUUAAACCAGAUGGAGCGACGUUGCUAAAUGGUCAAUUUUUUGCAAAUUUGUUUAGACUAAUGGAAUUAAACCGAUAAAAAAGUGCGUCAUUCUAAUCCUAGAACCAGACACCAGUCUAAUUAUGCAAUUAUCGUCAUAUUCAAAUCAACAACAAGCCAUGACGUUGUUUUAAACACAAUGUGGCAACGCUGCCGAGGCGCCAAAUGUCAAAAUAUAAAAUCAUAACCUCAAAAAACGUACCAAACAGUAAGAAUGCACUCUCCUGUUAAAAGAGAUUCCAACCGUGACAACACCAUGGCAGUGAACAAGGUAUUCACUCUCGUCUUUCUCAAAAAGAACAACGCGGUUUUACUGGGGUACAAAACGCGGGGCUUGGGGAAAGGCCUCUGGAACGGCUUUGGAGGCAAAGUGGAGAAAAACGAAACAAUCGCGAAUUGCGCCAAGCGUGAGCUUGAAGAGGAGUGUAGUUUAGUGGCAAAGGAAUUGAAACACAUCGGAGUUGUGAGGUAUGACCUGCCGUACGUGAAUUCCGCAGAUAUAGUCCACAUUUUCACUUGUUCACAAUUCGAUGGUUGUGAGCAAGCCAGCGAGGAGAUGAACCCCAUCAAAUGGUAUAAAUUUUCAGACAUUCCGUACUCUAAAAUGUGGCCUGAUUCGGCCCAAUGGUACCCUUUUAUGUUACAAGAUAAAUUUUUCGCUGCCAGAGUUACAUACAUUAACCCUGACACGAUCACUGCCACGAAAAUUGAAGAGUUUAAGGACUUGACGAGUGCACUUAAAGGGGCCAAUUAACAAUUUUUGUUUACUUAAAGUAUUUAAUAAAAAAGUGUUUGAAAAA